AUGCCUCCUGCUGCUUCUGCCAAUGAUGUUGACUCUGACUCUGAAGAGGAAGAAGUGAUGGCCACUACAACCACUACUGGUAGUACUGCUACCAGUAGUGGAGGUGGAGGUGAUCGUUAUGAUCGUUUGGAACGUCUCAAGAGAGAGAAGCGCUUGGCUCAGAAUCGUGAUUGUGCUCGCGCUCGUCGUCGUCGUAAGAAGUUGCGUAUGGAACUUUUGGAAAAUCGCGUGCAGUCGUUGACACAGAACAAUACGUCCCUUCAGUCGGACAAUGAAGCCCUCCUGGUCCGUGUGGCUCAAUUGGAAGGGGAACUCCGUCGCAUGACGGCCAUGGUUGGAAUGGGUGGUGGCAUGGGCAUGAAUAUGGGCAUGGGAAUGAACAUGAACAUGAACAUGAACGGUGUUCCCUCUGCCAAUGCCUUUUUGGGUUCCUCUGGUGGAGGAGGCAAUCCCUUUCUGGAUCCUUCUGCUGCUGCAGAACUUCAGCUUCAGCGAAGGGCUGCCAUGGUGGGACUAGGAGGAGCCACCACUGGAUUGGGAGGUGCUGCCAACCCGGAUCCCCCCUCUCAAGCUCAGCUCAGGUACCUUCAGCUCAUGCACCAGCAGCAGUCGUCCAAGGGAGCCAUGCCUCCCGGUGCCACUGCUACCGAUGGGUCCUCCAGCAACUCGCUGACCAGAGCCCUACUUGCCGGACAGAACGGAAAUCGACCCUCCUCGCCAGGUGGCGCUUCUAACACUGGUGGAGCUCAGCCCAUGGGAGACUUGAUGUAA